UACUCAUUGGCCAUACAUUGCUGAACGUACGAGCUAUUAUUAUUCCUAUAUUUUAUAAUUAGCAUUCUUAAUGAAAAGAAAACAUGAAGAUAUUGUUCCUUACUUUAUUAUUCUUUAACUAUGGUGAGAGUGUAAUAUUACCAAGUGUACCCGAUCAUUUAGUGCCAUGUUAUAGACAAGGCGGUUUGCCCUUAGGGGCCCCACGACGACUGGACGUAUUUAUAUCGUUGCUCAAAAAAAUUGAAGUGGACUCAAAGCUAGAUGCACGUCUCUUAUCCACUUCUUUACUUAGAAGCCUCCGUCUCGACGGCAUUGAAGAAGGGGCCUCGGCCAUUGAAACUGAGUUCGUUCUACCCUAUAGAGCAUCAGCAUUCCAGUUCUUUAAGUAUAAGCUUCUUAUGGAUUUAUUUCUACCUACACAAGAACUUUUAAAUGUAGAUGAGAUAUUGGAUUUGUCAGAGAAGUGUCUCAUGCAUAAACUGCUUAGUACAACCGUACGAAGGUGGGAACGAGGAGACGAAGGUGUCGUUUGCCCCGUGAUUGCGGAGCAGAGGCAGACUAUGGUCACCCAGAGUUCUAGCAGAAUAAACAGUCGCUGUCCAAUUGAAGAGGGUGUUAUUCAAACAGAGUGGGGUCCAAUCACUCCCGGUACGAUCAUAUCAGCGGUAGCAGCAUCCUUGGAAUUUCAGAGAGUUCCCCUCACUGAUAUCCUCAACCAAAAUGUAUACAGAGAUGGUAUAUCUGAACCAUUAAUGGCAUCAGCGAGACAAGAGUGGUUUAAUGAAAUAGAGACCUUUAAUGCACAGGAACAAAAUGGAACUCCAGAAGUUGAUAUUAGCAAUAUAUGGGUUGCUACCCUUGCAGGUGACUUGGCAGAAGUGGUGAUUAAUCAGGGUCCAAGAUACGGCCCUUCACCGCAGAAUCUCGUGGUGGGCACCAACAAUAGAUGGAACGAUACCUUGCUGCCCCGGGAACAUUAUCUCUUGCUCCAAAACUCAACUCCAGUAGAUUGGCAAAUAACUGAUGCUGAAAUCUUGGCUGGUAUAGAUGGUCUAAUCCUAGCUCAGUACAUGCCUACUUGGCUGGUGGAGCGUCGUACUUUGAAGAUAUCGCAGGUUCUUGAAAUGUACUACUCUAAUGAAGGAGUGUCUUUCGACACUAAAGUGCGCGCAUGUGACAGAGAAACCUUGUUCAAAAACUUGUUUAAUACGUCCCAAAUUGUGACGGAAACAUCACGCCUGGCUCGUGUUCUAUCUCUAUCACAGGUCACUGUGUAUGUUCCUUCCGAAGUUAUGGAUAGAAUCAGUGAAGCUGUUGUUGUUGCGUUUGAAAAAUAUCUUCCAUCUGUACUGAGCAGGUAUCAUACAAAUUGCCAAAACAGUGCCAGUGUCCCAGUUAUGGAUUUAAUUGUAGCAACUGAUGGGUCCUGGAAAGGUUAUGAAGUCACACAGUUCAUGUCGUGGUUGGGAAAUGCUCUAGAAAUAAACAUGCAGAGAAGUACAUUGGGUCUGUUACACGGUAAUACUGGCCAAUGGAUUGUGCCAUCGUCUCAUAACAUGACUACUGUAUUCUCUCACAUCGGCAACUUUACUGAUGAAUGGCCGAAUCGCUUAAACAUUCCAAACAUUUUAUCAAAUAUUAUCGAAUAUUCUCGUAACAAGACCCUCUUGAAUGUGGAGACUAAAGCAAGUGCAGCCCCUAGCACUGUGGUACUAAUUGUAAGCCCCAGCGAUCAGCCUUCCACUGCCGACUUGGAACGCGCCACCUCGCUCAUGAACUCUCUGAGAUCUAGCUUUUUCGAUGUCUACUUUGUAUAUGCAUCGAAGAAUCUCGAAGGAUUUCAAAAUAUAAACACUGAAUAUUUGGAUUAUUCAGAAAUAUUUUUGCAGCUAUCGUCAUCAAAUGUACAAGACGUCAUCAAAUCUGUUGAGAUUAAUAUGGUUAAAAGUGAAAUUCCAACGAGCAUAAUGGGAGUACAUUGUCCAUUUAAUGGGACGGUCUUUGAGCAACUGGAAUAUGAGGAUUUUGUGUUACCGAACCAAAUCAUGGCUUACCGCAUACAUCCAUUUUAUUUGCGACAACAACCAAUUAUUGCCGUACAGUUUCGCAACAAUGGACAAGGAGAGUUGUUAGUUUGUACAUACCGGGGAGCAGAAACAUCUCAAAACUGUCAAACUCUCACUGAAAGGGAAUAUCACAUCUUUAACUUGACCACUCCAUGCGCCACUUCUGAUUUUUGUCUUCCAGCUUACUUUACUGUCAGCGCCCGUUCAUCUUCAAAUUUAUGUGCAAAUAAUGAUUGCCGUCGUCCUAAUCAAGUAGGAUACUACCUGGAGCACCGCGGCCUAAGAUGUUUACCGCUGCGUGGAACUGCAAUAUGUCAAUCGCCAAUUUUGGUUCUUAUAAUGCUAUCAGUUGUAAUCUCAUUCAUUAUUGUACAAUAGACUGUAUUAGUUGUAAUAGAUGGAUUGUUGAUUUUUUAAAAUUAUAUUGUAAUUAAAUUCGUGUGAUUUUAUGAGGUUUUCUUUUAAGAAAUAAUUUAUAAGUACCUACAUACCUACAU